CGUGUGUUUCCCGACAUGCACUGCGAGUUAGCGGCCCUUCAGACGAAAGGUCACCGAGGGUUGAGAUUAUAAGGUUAGCGGAAUUUCUCUGUGGAAGAUAUCCAGCAGCUGAAGAUGUCUGACCAUAUCGAGGAGAAGAUCAAGAACUACAGGACGGCUCCGUUCGACGCCCGCUUCCCCAACACCAACCAGACCCGCAACUGUUUCCAGAACUAUCUGGAUUUCCACAGAUGCAAUAAAGCUCUGUCUGCCAAAGACCAGGACACAGCUCCCUGUGAUUGGUACCAGAGGGUCUACAAGAGCCUCUGCCCCAUGAGCUGGGUUCAGAAAUGGGACGAGCAGGUGGAGGCAGGAAAUUUCCCCGGAAAGAUCUGAACGCACACAUUCCUCUCCAGCCCCUCUGUACCGGUCUUCAUCUUACUAACUUAAUGUAACGCAUCUACUCUGUCUGUACAGAAGUAAAUAAUAAAUUGUAUACUGUCACUGUGAA